GCCCCAUGGACACACGCGGCUCCCUUGCCAGGGCUCCUCGCCGAUCUGUCUCGGUGCCAGCGGCUCUGUGACCUUCUGGGGCUCACCCCUCGCUGGGCUUCACCCCCGGCGCCUCACUCGGCUCGCGAUGAUGCUGCUGCAAAUCCUCGGGGUGACCCUCCUGCUGCUGGGGGACUCGGCCGGGCAAAAGGAGCGCCAGCGCCGACACUCGUAUUCCGGGGAGUACGGCUCGGGCUCGGGGACCCCAUUUUCCUACUCGGGGCCAGACCGAUGGGGCCCCAUCACGGCUCUCCGGAUCUGGGAGCAUUGCAAUAACUUCAUCAGUGGCAUCCAGCUGCAGUUCGGGCACCGGUGGGGCGAGCUCUUUGGGGCGAAGACGGGGCCGGCACUCGAGGUGACCCUGUUACCCCGUGAGCGGAUCACGCAGAUCUCGGGCAAACAUUACACCUACAUCUACCAGCUCAUCAUCUCCACCAACCACGGGCGAACCUUCUUCUUCGGCCAGCCCUACGGCUACAGCUUCAACGCCGUCCCGCUGAGCCGCUCCGAGUACCUGGCCUUCAUCACGGGGCACUACAGCGGGUCGAGCCUCACGGGCAUCGCCAUGCACUGGGCCGACCCGCGGGCGCGGGAGUGAGAGCCAGCGCCAGGCGGAGCCCAGUGGCAGGGAGUUCCCCAGGCUAAAGGCAGCUUUUCUCUCUUCCCGUCUUCGCUUCCAGGCCAGAGACUGGGAAGCCAAUUCCUUAUUCGAAGCAGCAGUUGAUUGCUUAGCAGUGAGGGGAGAGAAGGAUGGGGGGAGGGUCGGUGGGUUUGGGGGGCAGCGCAGGGAGAGAGGGAUUGGGGGAGGGUCAGUGGGUUUGGGGGCAAUGAGGGGCAGGAAGGAUUGGGGUGAGGGUCAGUGGGUUUGGGGAGCAGCGUGGAGAGAGAGGGUUACAUGAGCUCAUGAAAUUAAGAAGCAGGAAAAUCAAGUGGCAGGCUGUUCCGCAGACUAACCCCUACCUCUGUGUCUUUACCUGCUUGUACCCUCUGAGUCCGGCAGUGUGGUAUCAAUGCUUUGCCAGAAUUAGUUGUUGAUUAACUGCAGCCUUUUUGUGCUAACGAGGUGCUAAUUAAAACCCUAA